CUUGUCCUUGUCUAACGAGCGUCCCCAAAAUAUUUGGGGCUGAUAGUGGCUCUGCCAGCCGGAUAUGAGACUGCGGUCAUUCGUGCGAAUUAAUCAGCAGCUCAAAUCUGUUUUGGACGCUCUAUCGAUGAGUCGCGACAUGGGAAAUUGUGAUUUCAGCGAAAUACUGACCUGGCCAAAGGCGCAGCCGGCACUGCCCAGCACUGUUUCGGGGAAGGGGCUGCUGGACGAGUGCCGUCAGCUGGCGAAGCCCCAGGUGCCGGUGAGUCUGGAAAAGUUGAUGUCCCUAUCGGAUGGCUUUCCCGUUAAGUUUGGGACCGACAACUGCCGUGCGAGGACGCAGCCGGUGGGCCGCUUCGCGAAUAUCAUGCAGCAGGUGGCCUCCGCCUAUCCGGUCAUACACGAGCGCACGCUGCUGCUGUACAUUGGCUUCCUGGAGCACAAGCUGCAGUUUGGCAACAGCCGGGAGCGGAGCUUGUACCAGGGCAUGUCCCUGGUGGCCUUUGUCCAGCGGCUGCUGAGCAAACGUUGCGUUUGGUUCUUCGACAGCUCCGACUUCUAUCGGCUGAUGGACGGCAGCCAGGGCCACGAGGGCUUCGAGGCGGUGGGCAGCGAGCAGGAGGUGCCGCCGCUGCUGCUGGCCGAUGUGCUCAGCUACGACGAGAUCAAGCUGUCGGCCCUGCUCUACGUGUCCACGCACUCGGAGUUCAUCAACAACGGCAACCGGUCCAAUGCCGGCGAGGUGACCCAGGACAAGGGCAGCAUCGAGCGCGAGGGCGUCAUCAUGGGCCUGAUCGGCGCCCGCUUCGAGCGACCCAAUGUGAUGGAGUACCAGGACAUCAUCGUCUCGCCCUCACAGAACAUCGAGGCCAAUGGCUAUGGCAGCGACGACGGCGCGACGCCCAGCCGCGCCUCCGACUACCGGCGGCUGUGGCGCCAGUUCUACGAGGAGCCCAGGGACUUCCAGUACACGGAGGUUGCGGCGGAUGGGAAGCGCUUCUCGCGCGUCGGCCCCGGCAGCCUCAUCUUUGAUCAGUUGAUCAUGAAGAAGCGCUACGCCAUCAGCUUCGACACGCUGCUGCUGGAGGCUCAGGGGCGUGCAGUGGCAGCGGGGAAGCCCGCGUACGUCCAUGUCGUGGGCAUCGGGCUGGGCGUGUGGAAGAUCAGCGAGCAGCAGGAGCAGCUCUUUCUGGAGUCGUUCGAGGAGCGGCUGCUGGCACUGGGCGAUCGCCUCAGCCACAUUGCCGUGGUGCACUUCUCCUGGUUCCACCUGCAGCGUGUGCGCAGCCUGCACGACGGCGCCACCAUGCCCCAGUCGGGCAUCCGCAUACGCAUCUCCAAUCGCAAUCCGGCCGACAAGCUGCCGACGGAGAACAUGCUGCCGGUGGUCACCUAUGCCUGGGAUGGCAACGCCCUGCCCGGCAAUGAGUUUUGGGCGGGCAAUUUGGUGGGCACUAGCGAUCCCGCAGCCGCCUGUUCCACACUCAUCACGGAGCUGCAGAAUCCGCACAUCAAUGUGGACUACAUGUGUGGCCGGAAUCUGCACAUUGCCUCGCUGGAGCACGGCCUGCUGCACAUCGGGGAGUACGCACGACGCGUGACAGCCACAGUCGUGGAUGUCUAGAGUCUCCCCCGUGCCAUGCCACGGAUUAUCGCAUUUACUCUUAUGCACAUUAAUCGUUCUUCAAUCGUUUUCCAUUAAA